GAAGAAGAAGAAGAAAUCAGAGAGAAAGAAAAUAUCACCGCAGGCGAAAUAAACAAAAGAAUUAAUAGAUAAAAAGACAGUUAACUAGCUUAAAAUGUCUGCUCCACUGGAAAACCUGGAGACGCAGCUGGAGAUGUUCAUCGAGAAUGUGCGUCAGAUUCGGAUCAUAGUCAGCGACUUUCAGCCCCAGGGACAGAACGUUCUCAACCAAAAGAUCAAUAGCUUGGUAACCGGUCUCCAGGAGAUUGACAAGCUCCGUUCUCAGGUUCAGGACGUUUAUGUGCCCUUUGAAGUGUUCUUUGACUACAUCGACCAGGACAAGAAUCCCCAGCUUUACACCAAGGACUGCGUGGAGAAGGCACUGGCUAAGAACGAAGAGGUCAAGGGCAAGAUCGAAAGCCUCAAGAAGUUCAAGUCCAAUCUGCUCAUCGAACUGUACAAGACCUUUCCCAACGAGAUGAACAGCUAUCGCGCCUACAGAAAGGACUCGAUGUGAGGCAGGGACAGCCCUCCUACAACCUAGUUUUUAAUCAAAUGUUGGAAUAAACUUUAUACUUAUGUACAUAA